AUGGAGGAUUCUGCAACAUACGGCUCCCCGGGGAACGGCGCAUCCCCCAACGGAAACCCCAUCUUGGCGCAACCUCCGCUCCAGCCCGAUGCUGGUGCGACCGACGGUCAAGACGUACAGAUGUCCGAAACCAAUGCCAAUGAGGCUACGAUCAAGCAAGACAGUACCACGCCCGGCCCGGCCGUCGGUUCUGACGAGCCCUUGAACGCCCCGGAUGGACCUCCGGCCGAGACAACAGUCCGCGCUGACGAGGAAAUGGGCGAUGCGCCGACCGACGAUGCCAAGCAACCAGCCGCCGCUGCAGGGGAGGAUACCGUGCCUGUAAGCGACGGCCAGGACAGCAAGUCCAAGGAGACCACCGAGUCCGCCGCCCGAGAACACCUCGUCUCCCAGACGCAUGCCAUUGUGCUGCCCAGCUACAGCACUUGGUUCGACAUGAACGGAAUCCACGGCAUUGAGCGCAAGGCCAUGGCGGAGUUCUUUAACAAUCGAAACAGGAGCAAGACACCCACUGUCUACAAGGAUUAUCGGGACUUUAUGAUCAACACGUACCGCCUCAACCCUGCCGAGUACCUCACAGUCACCGCCUGCCGUCGUAAUUUGGCAGGAGAUGUGUGCGCCAUCAUGAGAGUCCACGCUUUCCUGGAACAGUGGGGGCUUAUCAACUAUCAGGUGGAUGCGGAUCAACGACCAUCCCACGUCGGACCGCCGUUUACCGGCCAUUUCAAAAUCAUCUGCGACACGCCUCGCGGUCUCCAGGCGUGGCAGCCGUCGGCGGAUCCUGUUGUUCUGGAAGGCAAGAAGAACCAGGACACAGACCGAAAAGCCAGUGUCUCGGCUGCCGGCAAAGGCGACCUGAACCUCGAAAUUGGGCGGAACAUUUACGAAGCCAAUGCCAAAGGCGCUCCAGUUGGAAAGACGGAGGGCAAGGCCAAUGGCGAGGCGCCGGCGACAAACGGUGUGUCCGGCGCGGAUGAGCUCACGACGACGCCAGUGACGAAGGUGAACUGCCACCAGUGCGGUAACGACUGCACGCGCGUUUACUUCCACAGCACACAAACGGAUCCGACUUCCAAGGCCAAGUACGAUGUGUGCCCGCUCUGCUUCACGGAGGGUCGGCUACCGGCAAAUCAUACCUCCAGCAUGUACACAAAGAUUGAGAAUCCGGCGUACGCGACGGGUCUUGACCGGGACUCCCCGUGGACAGAUGCGGAGAUACUUCGACUGCUUGAAGGACUGGAGCGAUUCGACGAGGACUGGGGCGAAAUUGCAGACCACGUGGGAACCCGAACCCGCGAGGAGUGCGUCUUGCAGUUCCUUCAACUCGACAUUGAGGAGAAGUAUCUUGGUUCAGAACCCGCCGUGAACGCACCAACCGGCCUGUCGAUGCUUGGGUCGCAGCACGGCCAGCUUCCAUUCAGCUCGGUGGACAACCCGGUAAUGUCGGUUGUGGGCUUCCUUGCUAGUCUCGCAAACCCAGCCAGCACGGCCGCCGCCGCACACAAGUCUGCGGACGAGCUGAAGCGGAGCCUGCGGAAGCAGCUGGAUGGAGGGCGUGCAAGUGAGGAGGACAACGGCGAGGGUCUGGAAGCUGAAAGAGGCAACGGAAGCAAGAACGAGGACGAGGAGGCACCCAAAGGUGGCGACUCGAUGGACGUAGACGUCCGCCAGGAGCUCACGACGACCUCGACAACGAUGACCACGACUACGACGACGACGACGACUACCAACAAGGCGACUCUGGCAUCGGUUCCGCUGGCGUCAAUUGGCGCCCGGGCCGCGGGCUUCGCAUCGCACGAAGAGCGCGAAAUGACGCGACUGGUUUCGGCGGCCGCCAAUGUGACGCUACAGAAACUGGAGAUGAAACUCAAGUACUUCAACGAGAUGGAGGAGGUGCUUCGGGCGGAGAGACGCGAGCUGGAGCGUGGUCGGCAACAGCUCCUGCUGGACAGGCUCGCGUUCCGGAGACGGACGCGCAACGUGGAGGAGAAGCUCAAGGCGGCGGCAGCGGUGGGCGGCGAGCAGGGAGCCCGCAUUGCGCACGAGGCAGCAGCCAGCGAGGCGGAUGGGCUGAAUUUCCAGCCAGCCGGCAGCACGUCAUCGACGCUGCUCCCUCCCAGCAGCGACGGGCAGACCAAGAGCCAUGAGGUGUGA